CGGCAGGAGCGUGGGGCGUGAUGGUCGGUCGUCUCGUGAAGGAAGCGUCUAGGUGAGGGGUAGAGUGAUUUGUUUCCUUGGGUAGGAAAAAAUGGUAGAAGGAGAGGAAACAGGAGGUGGGUUUUCCUUUGAUCAACAUCGGUGAGAUUGGUUGUUCCUUCUAUCGAUGGGCAGCGAGGUAACGAUACUAUAAAUUGCGUGUGCUACUUUUAUUCCAAAAUAAAUUCUAUUAUCGGGCUUAGCAUGGAAUUAAAUCUGUAUAAAUUGGAAUAUACAUAUGACGUAAGAUAAGACUAUAGAUAUUGAUCCAAUACAAGUGUCUCUAUUACAUAUUUCUUGUAAUUUUCCUAACAUCUUAAUACUCCCUUCGUUUUUAUUUACUCCACAUAUUAGCUUUGGCCAAAGUAAAACUUUGUAAACUUUGGCAAAUUUUAUAGACAAAAACAUUAAUAUAUACAAUAACAAAUCAAUGCCAUUAGGUUCAUUAUUGAAUACACUUUCACAUCAUAUAGAUUUGCUAUUGUAAAUGUUUAUAUUUUUUUCUAUAAACUUGGUCAAGCUUUAUGAAGUUUGACUUCAAUCAAAUCUAGUAUGCAGAGUAAAUAAAAACAGAGAGAGUACCAUUCAUGUCUAAUUAAGUUCCAUUAAUUUGAAGUGGUUGUUACACUUAGACGAAUAAAAUUUUCUAACUGAAUUUCAUAUGGUUUUUAUUCUGACAUUAUUAUUAAUAAAAUAUUAAGAAAGAGUGUAUCUUGAAGAUCUAAAUACCACAUUUCUACGAAUAGUUUUUCUAAGAUUUGACUAGAACGGCGCUUAAAAAAUGAUUAUUUUUGGUAAAAAUGAUUCCAUAUAGAGAUUUAAAUUUAGGACUUAUUUUGGAGUAUCAAGGAACUUCACAAGGAUGGCAUGGCUCAUUAAAGCUAAAAAAAAUAAAAAUAAAUUGUAGACGGGUGUUUUCUGCUGAUCUAGCCUUCAAUGUGAUAGUUUCUUGUAAUUUACUCCUACAUAUUCAAACUUAACAUUUGUUGAGUCCGGUGACGAUUUUUGCAGGAACUAAAAAAAAAAUUCUGUGACCAUAGCCGUAAAAAUGCUCAUAAACAAAGGAUAGAUGGGGUGGGUAGACCGGCCCAGUAGCAAUAGCCCAUUAACAACUUGGUCGAGCGUGGCAGCCGCCGCGAGAGGCAAGGGGAGAAUUCCAGAAGGUUCUCGAGAGGUCGGGAGAGAAGAGAGGGAGAGGAGGAGAAGGAAGCCGCCGUCGCCGUCGCCCCCAUCCAGACCGCGGCCAGGAGCCCAUGGCGCUUCGCACGUUCGCGUCGAGGACGAGGAGCGCCGCUCUCCAUCUGGCGGCGCCGGCGCCGAGGUUCUCGCCGCCGGCGAAGGGCUUCUCUACUUCGGCCGCCCCACGCGCCGUCUUCAGCAAGACCGCCGGGGUAGUAGCAGCAUCUUUGCUUCAUCUGCUUGGAAGAGGGAUGCCAAUUGAUGUCCCAGGAAAUUUACCAGUUGGAUACUGGUUGCUGGCCAAACUCCAUCACUUAACUACUCAAGCUGGAGUGCCGGAAGCAGCUUUGCCAACACUGCUGUUCAGCAGGCGCUUGUGUACCCAAGCCCAGCCACCAGUGCGGCAAGCAGCCUCGUUAGCGCUGCUCGUGUUCAGCAGGCACGGUACUACUCAGCCGGUGCUGUGGUGAUCGACGAGGAGACUGUCCAAGUGCUAAUCACCGGGGUGGCCAAGUGUAAUUCAGUGGCAAGCAAAUGCCUUGCGGAGAUCC